AAGCUGCGAUCACCUGCAAUUCGCUUCCCAUACACCCUAGGCAACUUGACUAAAUCAGUCAACCACUGCUUAUACCGCGCUAUAACGACUCAUAACUACCUUUCCAAGUACGCAGAAAACUAUCUUGCUUCCUGUAGCUGCAAAAGCCAAAGCUUCACUGUCAAUGGUGAAGAAGGAGAUAUUAUUGAUUUAGACGUUCUACCUCGACUACAGAAACAUGGGUUUUUCACAGACGCGUUCCUACUAAACAAAGUUGUAUCCACAUGCGCGAAAACGGCGUCUUUAACAGCCGGCUUUCAGAUCCAUUCUCAGAUUAUCAGGCUGGGUUUUGCCUCAAACCUGCAUAUCAACACUUCUCUCGUUGAUAUGUAUGGGAAAUUUGGGACCCUUUCGUUAGCUCAGAAGCUGUUUGAUGAAAUGCCCGAAAAGAAUGCUGUCACUUGGAAUGCGUUAAUUUCGGGAUAUGUGGAUGCCAGCUGCUCUGAGAUUGCCCUGGGAGUGUUUGUGAAUAUGCUGAGGGAGGGUGUUGAUCCGACACCGUUUAGUGUUUCGACUGUUUUGGUAGGGUAUAUGCAGCUCGAAGCGUUUGAACUUGGGGCUCUGUUGCAUGCUCUAUCUGUGAAAGCUGGGUUCAAUUCUCAGGUGCGGUAGGGACUGGUUUGAUUGAUAUUUAUUCGAGAUGUUUGAAUAUCGAGGCUUCGAGGAGAGUGUUUGAUGAAAUGUGUUAUAAGAAUGUUACUGCUUGGACUUCAAUGUUUACUGGAUAUGCUUGGAAUCAAUGCAAGUUUGAUGCUAUGAUUUUGGUGAAAGGAAUGUUGUUCGUGGGGAUUAAACCAAACUACAAAACUUAUACUAGUUUACUCAGCUCGCUUUGUUGCCCACAUGACUUGGUUCACUGCAAGCAAAUACACAGUUUGGUGAUUCGAGAAGGCUUAGAAUUGGCCCUUCACUUAGCAGCCACACUGGCAUCUAUAUAUUCAGCAUUUGGUUGUAGCUUAGAAGAUUUCUAUCAUCUCUGCUCUAACAUUACUGUGUGGAACCAACUCACAUGGAACGUCGCUAUUUCUGGAUUUUCGAAUUUGGGAGCUGUGGAUAAAGCUUUGAUAAUCUUUGGUAAAAUGAGGCGGGCAGGUUUUGCUGGCGACUGUUUCACAUUUACGAGCAUUUUGAAAGCAGUUGGGGUUGUUUCAGGUCUCGAAGAGGGGCAGCAGACCCAUUGUUUAUCUUUAAAAACGGGGUGUGACUCACAUGUUCGUGUUCAAAAUGGGCUUCUUUCCAUGUAUUCCCGAUGUGGAAAGCUCGAAGGUGCAGAGAGAAUUUUCUCAGGAAUGGAGAGACGGGAUUUAAUCUCGUGGAAUUCACUUCUCACAUGCUAUGCUUAUCACGGCUCUGGCAGGGAAGUCAUUACAUUGUUUGAACGAAUGAAGAGUAGUGGUAUUAGACCGGACUUGACCACAUUCCUCGUUGUGAUUUCCGCGUGUAGACAUGCUGGAUUAAUUCAUGAAGGACUCGAGUUCUUCGAUCUGAUGAUCACCGAAGAUUCUCUGCCUCCACCUAAGGUAGAGCAUUACGCUUGCAUUGUGGAUCUCUACUGCCGGGCUGGUCUUCUACAUGAAGCAGAGGGCUUAAUUAAGCAAAUGCCAAUCGAACCAGACCCCUCGGUGCUCAAAGCUUUACUGAGCGCCUGUCGAGUCCAUGACAACAAGGAAAUUACCCUACGCUGUGCUAGAAAGCUCGUUCAACUUUGCCCCGAUGAUGUUGCAACUUAUGUACUGCUAGGGAAUGUACUAGCAACAGGAGGGAAUUGGAAUGACGCGGAAUUAGUGCGCAAGGACUUGUGUGAUCGAGGGGUGAAAAAGGAUCCUGGUUGUAGCUGGAUAUGACGCAUUUCUAUUUUUUUUGGUGCGCCAGAGGGGCCGAGGCCCCAAGAAUGAAUCUUGAACAUUUUUACAGAUGAAGCUGGGUGGACAUUUGUUCAUAUUGAUUGCAAGUCAAUUGUUGGUACUUUAAUUUGUUGCCAUAUGUUGAAAGGGUGUACGCAGAGGUCAAUUCUUGGAUCAAAUGACACCUUGUUCCCCUCCCACAGACACACCCGACAAACAUGCAUUAACACAUGAUGCUUUGCUCUUAAAACCUUGUACUAAUUUCACAGAGAAGAAAGAAACUUCAAGAAUUUCGAAAAUUCUAUGCAGAUCAAUGGCUCAACUGGAUCGAAAAUCGUCUGAGAGCUUCAAGAAUUCCAACUCUCCAGCUUUCAAGAAUUCCAACUCUCCAGCUUUCAAAAAUUCCAAUUCUCCAGCUUUCAAGAAUUCCAACUCUCCACUCAAGAAUUCCAAUUCUCCAGCUUUCAAGAAUUCCAACUCUCCAGUUUUCAAGAAUCCCAACUCUCCAGCUUUUGAACGACAUAUACAAGGUGAUGAAAGGGUGUUGAGUCCAUUUGCGUCCCCAAACCAGAAGUGUUAUGAUCUAGAAGAAGCUUCCCCACACCAGCAAAGUAGCAAGAGAUCUGUUCUCACAAAAGUGAAAGAAAGGGCAAGGAAGCUGCGGCACAGUUUUAGUGGCAGCAGGAAGAAGCAUGAUAACCAGGGUCAUGGCGACGUCAGCACACCGACAUGGGGUGUCACCUUAGAGGACGAGGAUGAGGACGAUGAAGAUGAAGAUCCAGAAUAUCUUGGAGCUCCAAUGUAUGAAUCAGAACUGGCACCUGAUUCCUAUAAAGAAACUGCACGACAACACCCCCGAGCAGAUCCUAUGUUUUUUGAGAGGAAUGCUUCACCCCAAUGCGUACAACAUUCGCAAGAAUUCGAAAAUGAGAAUGGAAACGAAAGGUCUGAUAGCUCGAAUAAUGUGACAGCAACCUCAGGUGCAACUCAGGACAUUGAUUCUAAGUUUUUAGGUCUGAGUAUUAAGAACACAAGGGAGCAGUCAUCAAGAGAUUGGAAAACCGGGGAGAAUUCUGAUCAUCCUGCUGGCUUGGCGAAAUUCGGGCAGAAUGGCGAGGGAAGAAAAGAUGAGGUACAGCAAGGGAUAAUCACCCCAACAAGAUGGGAUAAAGGGGUAUCAGUGAAGGAGUACUUCAUGAACAAGCUUGAGCCCGGGGAAGACGAAAAAGCACUCUCAAAGGUCAUCUCUGAGGCCAUGAGUCCCAGAAGAGCUCCAGGAGAAAUGGGAGUGGUGGAGAAAGUGAGGGAGGUUGUCAAUUCAUUUCUCCGGCCUCAAGAACCCUCUUCUCAUUCCAAUCCAUCAUCAUCAUCAUCAUCUUCCACCACUACUACAAACCCGUCGCUUUCCAGAAUUAAAACCUCCAUCAGCAACACAACUUCAUCACCCAAAGCUUCCACUGAAAACUCAUCUCCAAUCAUCCCUGUAUCUACCAACCUUGAUGAAGCUUGUGAUGAACAGGUUCAUGCAAGGAUACCCCAAACAAACUGAUCAAGACAGUACUUUGAAUGUAACUACAUAUAGCAGGGAGUGAAUUAUUAUUUGGAUUCAGUGUAAAAAGUAGGAAGAAAUCAUCUGCUACCUCUCUCAGUUUUUAUGGACCCUCUCUUUUUUCCUUUGGCUGAAAGAAUUUGUAUUAGUUGUUUCUCUAUCUUCCCUUCUACAGAACUGUUAGCAUUUUAUAGGUAAGAUGUAAUGAUUAAUUAAUUAAUUUUUAAGGAAUAAUAAUAAGAGUGGCUGACAUGAUCUCUCAGCACUUCAGUUUAGUGAUUCCUCUCUAUAGAGGAUACAAUUAAGCAUUAUUAUUUUUGGGAGAAGAAGGAGAAGAGGAUACAAGCAUUUUCUUUAACUAUAGUUUAACAAUUUUGGACCUUUAUUGGCCCCAAAGGCCCUUUUA